AUUCGAACAAAAUCAGGUUACCCAGGCGUACAACAUGAAAUUUCUUGCAUUCUCAGUACUUGCCCUAUUGGCUUUAGCACAGGCCAAGGAGGAGAAACAGGAGAAACGCGGGGCUGUCCAAUCAGAACAAGCCCAACUAUUAAAAUACACAGCCCAACCUGCCCAACAACAAUAUGCUUCAGCCCCACAAUACCAGUACGAAAGUGAACAACAGAGGGCGCCUGUGCAAGCUGGUGUACAAAAAUAUGCUGUAGCUCCACAACAAGCGCCACACUACUCCCUGGCUGGUGAUGUUUCAUCAUUCAGUUACUCAAGCCCAGUGGUACAAUACAACAGCCUAGGUUUUCUUAACCAACUGGCUGGAAAUAUCGCCGGUAAAUCUGCCCCAGCUCCAGCUCAAGUGCAAUACCAAGCGGCUCCAGAACCACAAAAAAUCACGUACGCUCAGCCAGCUCCAGUAGCCUAUCAACCACAACAAGUCCAAAAAGUCGUAUACGCCCAACAACCGCAAUACCAAGCUGCUCCAGCUUACAGAACCGCUCCAGCCGCUUACCAAGCUUCACCAGUAGCUUACAGAACCGCUGCAGCUCCUCAACAAGUCGCUUACUCAGCUGCACCAGCUGCUUACAGAAACGCUUCCCCUCAACAAGUGGUCUACCGAACCGCUCAACCAGAGUACCAAACCGCUCAACCUGUGGAGUACCAAUCAGCCCAACCUCAAUACCAACAAUACCAACUGGCUCAACAAUACCAAGCUGCUCCACAGUACCAAUCGGCUCCGCAACAGUACCAAACAGCCGCUCCAUCUGCAGCCCAACCAAUCUAUACUUCCGGUCAGUACUACCAAUCUCAGCAAGCAGAUCCCUCUAAAUAUGCCCAAGCUGGUAUUACUUACGCUCAAUAAGUAAAUUGAAGCGUACUUCUGUUUUCUUUUGUACAUAUUUUUCCGUUUCUGUUACCAC